AUGAAAAAAAUGAACCAAGAGAAGCUCGCCAAACUGCAGGCUCAAGUGUGCACUGGUGGGAAAGAAACUGCUCGCAGAAAGAAGGUGGUUCAUAGGACAGCUACAGCAGAUGAUAAAAAACUUCAGUUCUCCCUGAAGAAGUUAGGAGUAAACAAUAUCUCUGGCAUUGAGAAGGUGAAUAUGUUCACAAACCAAGGAACAGUGAUCCACUUUAACAAUCCUAAAGUUCAUGCAUCCCUGGCAGCAAACAUUUUCAUCAUUACAGGCCAUGCUGAGACAAAGAAACUGACAGAAAUGUUUCCCAGCAUCUUAAACCAGCUUGGUGCAGACAGUCUGACUAGUUUAUGA